AUGACAGGCAGGCACACCACGUCCAACAGAGCCAGCAGGCCAGCAGCGACGUUGACGUCGUCGUCGGCCCACGCGCGCACGCUGCAGCCGCCGCUGUCAUCUUCCUGGCCGAGCCAUCGCAUGUCGUCGAAGCAAGCACCAUGUCAGCGACACGCUCGACUCAGUCAUCCGACAAGCAGCAGCGCCGAGCAAGGCAAGGCAAGGCAAGCAAACGUUCGACGCCCGGCUUGGCCUUGCCGCUCGAUUGCGCCUCCCCAACGACGCCGGGCGGCCUGCCUGAUGUACUUAAAGGGCAGUGGGCAUCAUCGUCCACCAGCCCUGCCCUCCCUCUACUGCUCACCAUUCACACAUCGCAUUCGUCCGCCCAUCCGUACCCCUCCCUCCGCCAUCGACUUCUGCUCGACGACGACGCUAGCUACUGCUACCAACACCACCGCCAUCAACCUAACGCUGCUCUGCCACCCCGACCCGACGCCCCCCUCCUCCAAGAUGACCAUGUCCGCUAGGAGCCUGCACGCCUCGACGCUCUUCGACCUGACGGGCAAGAUUGCCCUCAUCACGGGCGGCGGUACGGGCAUCGGGCUGAUGCAGGCGCGCACGCUGAGCCAGGCGGGCGCCAAGGUAUACAUCGUGGGCCGCCGGGCCGAGGUUCUCGACAAGAGCGCGCAGCUCUACAGCGAGCCCAACGCGCCCCUCGUCCCGCUUCCCGGCGACAUUUCCAAAAAGGCCGAGUGCCUCCGCCUCGCCGACGAGAUCUCGAAGCGAGAGGGCAAGCUCGACAUCCUCAUCUCCAACGCCGGCAUCGUCGGACCCAAGAAUGAGGGCAGCAACACGGCCGACCCCACGGGCCAGGCGCACCCGGAGCACCGCGAAAAGCUACCCGUCGCCGAAUACGCCAAGCUGGCGCUCGAGGACAACGAACCGGAACACUGGAACGAGCUCUUCACCGUCAACACUUUUGCCAACUUUUUCCUCAGCAUGGCCUUCCUCCCCCUCCUCGCCAAGGCUACCCAGGACACCAAGGGAUGGAGCUCGACGUUCAUCACCGUCGGCAGCAUCUCGGGCAUUACGAGCCAGAGCCAGCGGCACGUGGCGUACAACGCCAGCAAGGCGGCCGCCAAUCACAUGACGCGCCUGAUCGGCUUCGAGGUGGCCGCAUCGACCGACGCAAAGGUGCGCGUCAACGGCAUCGCUCCUGGCGUCUUUCCGAGCCAGAUGACGGCGAGCGACAAGGACGACGAGACCAACCAGUCGAGCCUGCGCGAAAAGAUGCCCGAGCUCAACAUCCCCGCCGGCCGACCGGGUCGCGACGAAGACAUGGCAUCGGCAACGCUCUUUGUCGUCGCAAACCAGUACCUCAACGGCCAGGUCAUUCCAGUCGAUGGCGGCUUCACCCUGACCGAGCCCUAA